AUGAGGAAAGAGAUGGACGAACUAAGGAGCGCUAUCAAAGAGAAGACGGAACGAAGUGUAGACAAAAUGAUAAGGGCUACGGAUUCGCCAUUCACUACUGCGGUACUUGAAUGCCCCGUGCCGUUAAAGUUUCGCUUGCCUCAAUUGGAGCCAUUCGACGGACUCAAGGACCCACAGGAUCAUCUUAAUACCUUUAAGACGACUCUGGGUCUUCAGCAACCACCAGACGAGAUAUUGUGUCGUUCCUUCCCGACGACUCUCAAAGGAGCUGCAAGAGAAUGGUUUACUAAGUUGCCAAAUUCGUCCAUAGACAAUUUCGAUCAGCUGAGUAGUGCCUUCUUGCGCCACUUCAUAGGGGGACAACGCCCAAGGAGACCGGUAGACUACUUACUCACCAUAAGACAGGGAGAAAAGGAGACUCUGAGGUCAUAUGUCAAACGAUUCACCCGGGAAACCCUGGAAGUAGACGAAGCUGAUGACAAGGUACAGCUGACGACCUUCAAAGCAGGGUUGAAAUCCAGAGACCUCAUGGCUUCUCUUGCAAAAAACCCCCCGAAGACGAUGGCGGAGAUGCUCCUGAAGGCGCAAAAGUACAUGAACGCGGAAGAUGCUCUAGCUGCCAUAAAAGAUACCGAGAGGCCAGGAGACAAGUCCAAGAGGGAAGACGACUGUAGGGGGCAAAAGAGAGACAGAUCAGAACGUCGGAACAAUGACGGGAAUAGAAGGAAGGAUGACAGAAAUCCUCGGACGAUCAAGGACGAGCAUUACCUCAAAUGGCCCAAGCCAUUACACUCAUCCCCUAACGUACGUGACAAGAACAAAUAUUGCCGGUUCCAUAGAGACCACGGCCACAACACAGAAGAUUGCAGAGACCUGAAGGAGCAAAUAGAGGAAUUAAUACGGAAAGGAAAGUUACAGAAGUAUGUAAAGAAAGGAGAAUAUAGCAAGUUCAGAGACGACAACAGGACCCAGCGUGAAACCUUCACUCGGGAUGACGACCAUCCGUCCCAGCCUCCACGCAAGGUGAUCGGGGAGAUAAACACGAUCACAGGAGGACCAUUCUCAGCAGGAUCAUUUAGAUCACUCAAAAAAGUAUACCAUAGACAGGUGAACAGCGUCCACACCAUGCCUCCGUCUAAGCACCGACGAACACACCAAGACAUGUCCUUCAACGAAGGAGACGCCAGGGGAGUAAAGCAGCCCCAUAACGAUCCCCUGGUCAUAGUGCUGAAUAUAGAAGGAUUCAAUACUAGAAGGAUCCUUGUUGAUAACGGGAGUUCAGCAGAUAUCAUCUACCUCCCAACCUUCCAGCAGCUGAGAUUAGAUCCAAAAAGGCUUCGCCCUUUGACUCUCCACUCGUCAGCUUCAGUGGAGACAGGGUCUACCCUAGGGGUAUAG